GCACACGGACAUCUGCUCUCUCAGGAAGGUUUUGGCAGCAACCAUGUCCACUUUCGUGGAGCUCAGUACCAAAGCCAAGAUGCCCAUCGUGGGCCUGGGCACCUGGCAGUCUCCCCCAGGCCAAGUCAAGGAAGCUGUGAAGGUGGCCAUUGAUGCUGGAUACCGCCACAUUGACUGCGCCUAUGCGUAUUACAAUGAGCACGAAGUGGGAGAGGCCAUUCAAGAGAAGAUCAAAGAGAAGGCUGUGAGACGGGAAGACCUCUUCAUCGUCAGCAAGUUGUGGCCCACCUGCUUUGAGAGGAAACUGCUAAAGGAGGCCUUUCAGAAGACCCUCACGGACCUGAAACUGGACUAUCUGGACCUGUAUCUUAUUCACUGGCCACAGGGACUUCAGCCCGGAAAGGAGUUAUUUCCCAAAGACGAUCAAGGCAACGUCCUCACCAGCAAAAUAACGUUCUUGGAUGCCUGGGAGGUCAUGGAAGAACUGGUGGAUGAAGGGUUAGUGAAAGCCCUGGGUGUCUCCAACUUCAACCACUUCCAGAUUGAAAGGAUCCUGAACAAACCUGGAUUGAAACAUAAGCCAGUGACCAACCAGGUCGAGUGUCACCCAUACCUCACUCAGGAAAAACUGAUCGAGUACUGUCACUCCAAGGGCAUCACUGUCACAGCCUACAGCCCUCUGGGUUCCCCAAAUAGGCCUUGGGCCAAGCCAGAAGACCCUUCACUCCUAGAGGACCCCAAGAUUAAAGAGAUUGCUGCAAAGCACAAGAAAACCUCGGCCCAGGUUCUGAUUCGAUUCCACAUCCAGAGGAAUGUGGUGGUGAUCCCCAAGUCUGUGACACCAGCACGUAUACAUGAGAACUUUCAGGUCUUUGACUUCCAGUUGAGUGAUCAGGAGAUGGCCACCAUCCUUGGCUUCAACAGAAACUGGAGGGCCUGCCUGCUGCCUGAGACAGUAAACAUGGAAGAAUAUCCCUACGAUGCGGAGUAUUGAAGCUAACUCGCCUGAUGAGGCUUCCCUCUUUGCUGAUGCACACCUCAAUCAUUUCUGGUGUGCCAUUUGAGCCAAGCCUGCCUGAUGUCAUGCUCUAGGCAACGCUGUACUUAAAAUCCUGUGUUCAAGGAAGUGUGACUCUGAGAAGUGAAUGUGCAUUUCUUUCACUGAUUUGAUCUGACCGAAUGUUUGCCAAAAAUCAGGAACUCUGGUAACUUUGGAGGACAUAAGAAUAGAACAAUAAAAGCCAAGCCAAGAA